UUGGUUUGAUCCGCGCGCAGCUCCCGCAGCAGGUACAGCACUCGCACUUCACACACUCCGCUCAGUCCACAUCUCUCGCAGCUCUCGCAGCUCUCGCAUCUCGCAGAUACAACACUCGCUGAAGCCAAAAAAGAAGCUGAUUAUUGCUGGAGGAAUUGCGGGAUGAUGCCCCUUUCGACCGGCAGCCCAUGGCCACAAACAAACUCAACAAAAUCCAGAAGAUCAAAACUUUAGACGUAAUGGGAUUGCGCUCUGUAAUCAGCCUGAAAGCAGCUGGAGUCACGGCAAGCGAGCGGUGAUACAGAGUCAUAAACCAAAAAGGAAGCAAGAUGCAUUAACACCAACGGGUCCCCCUGUAAAGAAAGCGAUGAUCAAUCACGUGACUCUUGCUAACUUUAUGAGCUAAUUUGAGUUCUAGGGCUAGCUUACCCCAUCUUCAUUUCUAACACUAAUUAAUACAUCCCUAAGUUAGUGUUAAAAUCGAACGCUAUCGGAACGCUAAUUCUCGCUAAUAAAGUCCUACCCUUUCGAUAGCUUAGUUUUCUGGAAUUUUCCUUCACUGUGCAAGUAGCAAAGAUUGACAGAAAAUCUUAUUUGUAAUCAUAUUUCACCCAAAGAUCAACAAGUUUCUUGAUGGACGUUCAUGCUAAUCUCAUAAUUAGCAUGGUCAAAUUCUGAUUAUUAUUUUUUCUUAAACCUUUUUUUUUUUUUUUUUUAUUCAUUGGACAAUUUUCAGCAUCAGCCAUGCAUACUCCAAAGAUAGCAAGAUGUUUACUGACUUGCCCCAUGCUAGUUACACUUGGCACCUAAUUCGAGCCAAUUUUCGAAUGCUAGACUAUCUUAGCAUAAUUUCGAAAUGCUAAUCCUUAAACGUUCUUGCGUAAAAUGUCAAGAGCUUAUCUACCUUACUCAUUCACACGUACUGGCCACAAAAAAAAACAACCCAAAACGUUGAAUUAACUGAGGAAGUCAAUGAUCAAACCUGAAACUACCACCACCAUGUGGUUUGAAGGUCAUAAAGAAAUCCAGUGACACCGUAAAGAAUACUGAGGACAUCGACCACAACCAGAGAGAUGCUCAACCAAAACAUCACCAAGAAUUCCAGAGACUUGAUUCAUCUCAACAUCACUGACUAAUUUGUCAUCUGCUAAUCCCUGGACUGCAAGCAUGCCUCACCUCAACGUCACUGCGCUCUUAUCGAACCUGACCAACAGGCCAGAGUCUGGAAACCUGUAUCGGCCGUUCUCUGUGUUCAGCGUCCUCACGCUCACGCUUUUAGCCAUGCUCGUGGUGGCUACGUUCGUUUGGAACCUUCUGGUUUUGGUGACCAUUUUGAGAGUCCGAACUUUCCACCGUGUCCCUCACAACCUGGUGGCCUCGAUGGCCAUCUCGGAUGUGAUGGUGGCCGGGCUGGUGAUGCCGCUGAGCCUUGUUCGGGAACUUUACGGCCGCCGGUGGAUCCUCGGAAAAGCGCUUUGCCAAGUUUGGAUUUCUUGCGAUGUUUUGUGCUGCACGGCCAGCAUCUGGAACGUGACUGCCAUCGCACUCGAUCGCUAUUGGUCCAUCACCCGUCACCUUGAGUACACGCUCAAGACACGAAAAAGGAUCUCCAAUGUGAUGAUCGGACUCACGUGGCUGCUCUCGUCCGUCAUAUCCCUGUCGCCGCUCUUCGGCUGGGGAGAGACAUAUUCCGAGGAGGAUCUGGCGUGCCAAGUGAGCCAGGAACCGUCAUAUACAGUGUUCUCCACCUUCGGCGCGUUUUAUUUGCCCCUCUGCGUCGUGCUGUUCGUGUACUGGAAGAUCUACAAGGCUGCCAAGUUUCGCAUCGGAUCUCGCAAGACCAACACCAUCAUGCCAAUGGCGGAGAUUACCGAGGUGAAGGAGGCAGUGGAACAGCCCCAGAUGGCGUUCAGCGUCCGCCAUGCAGCCGUGUCAUUCCAGCCCGAGGGCGAGACGUGGCGUGAGCAGAAGGAACGCCGCGCCGCACUCAUGGUGGGAAUACUGAUUGGCGUCUUCGUGCUCUGCUGGAUCCCUUUCUUCCUGGCCGAGCUCAUCAUCCCGCUGUGCUCCUGCGACAUCCCACCCAUCUGGAAGAGCGUCUUCCUCUGGCUCGGAUACUCCAACUCGUUCUUCAACCCGCUUAUCUACACGGCCUUCAACAAGAACUACAACAGCGCCUUCAGGAACCUCUUCAGCAGGCAGCGGUGACAAACAACCUACAAGUGCUAGUCAGCAUCAUGCUAACUGACUAACACUGCUUGGAGAAAUAAUACCAUUUGGUAAACUUCACCUACAAGAACUACAACAGCGCCUUCAGGAAGCUGUAAUGAAAGCAAAUGACCACCAAUUAGCCUUGUGCUAACUGACAUAAUGGUCAUGCUGCAGUUUCGCUAAAAAAUAUUGUGUGUACAUUACAUCAGGAACUUCAUUAACUGGCAACGCUGACAAAUAUAACCUUAAAUUAGCAUCAUACUAACUGAACGAAUAAUGAAAUCAUUAUACAUGACAUGCUAAUGAAUCUUCCCAAAACUGUUUAUAUACACAGCCAGGAACUAAACAGGACCUCUUUAGUAGGCUGACAAGUAAUAGAAAUGCUAAGAACUAGCAAUUAGCAUCAUGCUAAUUGCCAUGGCAUAAAUGCUUUUCGUAUAUGAUGUGCUGAAAACAUCAGACAUGCCAUCGUUUCGCUAAAUUAUACCACAUGUGCAUCACGCUAACUGAUAGCUGAAGGAUAUGUCAUGAUAUGUACGUGAAAGAUUUUAUAAUAUUAAGAAUCUACACAGAAACUUCAGGAACUUUUUUGGGGGGGAGCUAAGACUAGCUAACUAGCCAGCAAUGAGCACCAUGCUAAUUUACCUUACAACAUUGCUAUACCAUCUGUAAAUAAACAAUUUGACAAAAUAGCUUAUCAAUUUGUAUGCUAAUCAUUCAGGGUUUUGUUGUUGUUGUUUUUUUUAAUCUUGUGACCCCUUUUAGCAUGUUUUUAAUCUACUACAAAAAAAUCCUUUCGGUUUUUACUGACAUCGUGUCUUGAAGUCUCAUACGCCUGAGAAACAUGGACUCCUAGCAUAAACUAGCUAACCACUAAGCCUAAAGAUUUAGCUAGCUAGCACAUAGCUGUUAACUCCUUUAUCUUUAACAUUUUAAGGGGCACAAAUGACAAAAAAGUGUCAGUAAUACCAACACGUCCUUCAGAUAUCUUCAUAAAUGACUAUGAAAAGGCUUUACGUAACAUUCCGGUGUAUUUUAUAUGAUAGGGUGUUGUAUAAUGCUAGCAGGCUAGCGCUACAGCUAGGGGUUUGCUACAGGAGUGGCUGAAGAUAAAUUGUUAACUAGCUGGGUAUUCUUUCUUUCUUUCUUUUUAACAUAAUGUAUUUUUUCUGUGUUCUUUCUUUUUUUGAGAUUUCUCAUUAUUUUUUAAAACUUGUUUCUUUCUUUCUUUAAUUCUUUUUAGCUUUUUAUUUCUUUCUUUC